CUUUGCGUCAAAUCAACAAACACUUCGCGGACGCGAAGCAUUCCCAAAUCCCUCCCCAAAACCCUAGUUUCGUUGCUCUUCGUUGGGCGAAAUGGAAGCAGAGGAGUCCAAGAGGCUGCCGGAGCUCAAAUUAGAUGCGAAGCAGGCUCAAGGGUUCAUUUCUUUCUUCAAAACCCUUCCUCGUGACUCGAGGGCUGUGCGGUUCUUUGAUCGUCGGGAUUAUUAUACUGCUCAUGGCGAGAAUGCGCUUUUCAUCUCGAAGACAUAUUACCAUACAACUACUGCUUUGCGACAACUGGGUAGUGGACCUGAUGCUCUUUCCAGUGUGAGUGUGAACAAGAAUAUGUUUGAAACUAUAGCCCGUGAUCUUUUGUUGGAGAGGACUGAUCAUACUUUGGAGGCCUAUGAGGGUAGUGGGUCAAAUUGGAGAUUGUGUAAAUCUGGCACUCCGGGUAACAUUGGUAGCUUUGAAGAUAUAUUAUUUGCCAAUAAUGAUAUGCAGGAUACCCCAGUCACCGUUGCACUGUUUCCUAUUUUCCGUGAAAAUCAGUGCACUGUGGGUAUGAGUUUUGUGGAUAUGACCAAAAGAAAGCUUGGCAUGGCGGAGUUCCUGGAUGAUAGCCAGUUCACAAAUGUAGAGUCGCUUUUGGUUGCUCUUGGUUGCAAGGAGUGUCUUUUACCCAUGGAAAGUGGAAAGGCAUCAGAAUUGAAAAAUCUUCAUGAGGCAUUGUCCAGAUGUGGUGUCCUUUUGACUGAAAGAAAGAAAUCUGAGUUCAAAUCCAGGGAUCUUGUGCAGGAUCUCAGCAGGAUCAUAAGAGGUUCAAUCGAACCUGUCCGUGAUCUCCUCUCGGAUUUUGAAUUUGCUUUAGGUGCCCUUGGAGCAUUAUUGUCAUAUGCUGAAUUGCUUGCUGAUGACAGUAACUAUGGAAAUUAUAGCAUUCAAAAGUACAAUCUAGAUAGCUACAUGAGAUUAGACUCUGCUGCAAUGAGGGCAUUGAAUGUUGUAGAGAAUAAGACUGACUUAAACAAGAACUUCAGCUUGUUUGGUUUGAUGAAUAGAACAUGCACUGCUGGGAUGGGUAAAAGAUUGCUUAAUAGGUGGCUGAAACAACCAUUGCUAGACGUUAACGAAAUCAAUUGUAGACUGGAUUUGGUUCAGGCGUUUGUGGAGGAUGCUGAGCUACGCCAAGGAUUAAGGCAGCAUCUGAAAAGGAUUUCUGACGUUGAGCGUCUGACACAUAAUCUGAGGAAAAAAACAGCCAAUUUACAGCCUGUCAUAAAACUUUAUCAGUCAUGCAUUAGAGUUCCAUACAUCAAAGGUGUACUUGAGCAGUAUGAGGGGCAAUUUUCUGAUCUGAUACAAAAGAAAUACCUGGCUCCAUUCGAAUAUUUGAUGGGUGAUGAUCAAUUGAACAAGUUCAUUGCUUUGGUUGAAGUAUCUGUUGAUCUUGAUCAACUUGAAAAUGGAGAGUACAUGAUAUCACCAGGGUAUGAUCCCAAUUUGGCUGAGCUGAAAAAUCAGCUGAGUGCAGUGGAGAAGCAGAUACAUAAUUUACACAAGCAAACAGCAAAUGAUCUUGACCUUUCUCUUGAUAAAGCUUUGAAGUUGGAAAAAGGUACACAAUUUGGUCAUGCCUUUAGGAUCACAAAGAAAGAGGAGCAGAAGGUCAGGAAAAAGCUCAAUGCUAAUUUUAUCAUCCUUGAAACGCGAAAAGAUGGAGUUAAAUUUACAAACUCUAAGCUGAAGAAGUUAGGGGAUCAAUAUCAAAAGUUGUUAAGUGAAUAUACAAGUUAUCAGAAAGGGCUUGUUGCUCGAGUGGUUGAUACUUCAGCUACAUUCUCUGAGUUGUUUGAGACAUUAGCUGGGAUCCUGUCCGAGCUUGAUGUGUUGCUAAGCUUUGCUGAUCUUGCUAUUAGCUGUCCUAUAGCGUAUGUGAGACCAGACGUCACCCCAUCAGAUAGAGGAGACAUUAUUCUUGAAGGAAGUAGGCAUCCUUGUGUUGAAGCUCAAGAUGGUGUGAAUUUUAUACCUAAUGACUGUACUCUCGUGCGUGGGAAGAGCUGGUUUCAGAUCAUCACAGGUCCAAACAUGGGUGGUAAAUCAACAUUUAUUCGACAGGUUGGGGUGAUUGCCUUGAUGGCUCAAGUUGGAUGUUUUGUUCCAUGUGAUAAGGCUUGUAUUAGUGUACGAGAUUGCAUUUUCACACGAGUUGGGGCUGGUGAUUGCCAACUACGUGGUGUUUCCACUUUCAUGCAAGAAAUGCUUGAAACUGCUUCUAUUUUGAAUGGUGCCUCAGAGAAAUCACUGAUAAUUAUUGAUGAGUUGGGCCGAGGAACAUCAACUUAUGAUGGAUUUGGUUUGGCUUGGGCUAUUUGUGAACAUCUUGUGGAGGUUACUCGUGCUCCAACUUUAUUUGCUACUCACUUUCAUGAAUUGACUGCUUUAGCACAUGGAGAUACCCUUGGCGUGGCAAAUUAUCAUGUUGCUGCACAUAUAGAUCCAUCAAGUCAUAAUUUGACCAUGCUUUAUAAGGUUGAGCCUGGUGCUUGUGAUCAAAGUUUCGGCAUCCAUGUUGCAGAGUUUGCAAACUUUCCUGAGAGUGUUGUUGCCCUUGCUCGAAAUAAAGCUGCAGAGUUGGAAGAUUUUUCAUGUACCACAACAGAUGAGAUUGGAUCGAAACGGAGACGGACAUGUAGUCCUGAGGAAAUGGAAAAAGGCGCAGCUCGAGCUCAUCGAUUCUUGCAAGAUUUCACUGCAUUGCCUUUAGAUCAGCUUGACGAGAAGCAGGUUCGGCAAUGUGUGAGCAAGCUGACCUCUGACCUGGAGAAAGAUGCAGCUGAGUUUCCAUGGCUACAACAGUUCUUCUGACUCCUUUUGAGGAUAAAUUCAAUGGAUUUUACAAGAGCUCUGGUAGUUUUGUCUCCAUUGUUACUUAUUACUCUGUGUAAAGGUUUUUGAAAACAUCCUUUUGAGUGAAUGUUUUAUAGAUGUAAUUGUCCCUGAAGUGGCUUUUUUCUCUUUUUGUUUAAUUUUUUGCAGGGCAUAAUCUAUUUAUUAUUCUAAUGCUCAAUGAAUUUUGUUGA